GCGACUAUUGCGAUGUGUACCUCACGCACGACUCGAUGAGCGUCCGGAAAGCCCACAACGCGGGACGAAAUCAUCUGCGCAACGUGCAGCAGUACUACGAACGUGAGGUCGCCUCUGAUCCCUCAAUACGAAGCCAGUUAAUGGCAUUAUGGAGUGGUUCGUUGUUGUUGUUGAGCUGCAAUUUGUACAUUGCAUUUAUUUGCUUUUAUGAUUGUUUACAGUUUUGCACAAGACGUUCUCGCGGCAUUGGUACAGGAAUUGACUGACAGCGACGACAGAGAUAUCUAGCGAACAGACACAGAUCGUGAUCAAUAGUAUUACGGAUGCUUACAAUGCGGAGGGUCAGGCAAAUCCUAUGAAUCAAGGACCAAUGGGGGGUUUCGGGCCACCGCCGGGUGCUUUCCCUCCACCAGGAAUGCCCCCGAUGCCUGGCAUGGCCGGAAUGCCUGGGAUGCCCCCACCACCAUUUAUGGGUCGUGGAGGACCUCCAAACAUGCCUCCUAUGCCAUCGAAUAUGCCUUUCCCACCACCGAAUAUGCAGGCUCCGCCGAACAUGCCACACGGCAUGCCCCCUCCCAAUAUGCCUCCCAAUAUGCCAUUCCCUCCUCCAAACGGCAUGCCAUUCCCGUUUCCCCCUCCAGGGCAAGCUGGCUCCCCGCCUGGUGGCAUGCCAUUUCCUCCACCGCCUAUGGGCGCAAUGCCUCCAGGUCGAUUCCCACCUCCUUUCCCGCCCAACAAUGGCCCUCCUGGUGGGCCUCCUCCUGGUCCCCCUGGCGGCUAUUAGGGACAGACGCU